CGCUGUUUGGGACGCUGGGCGCGUGGUUGCUGGGUCUGCACUCCGGGUUCGCUGUCACCGCCUGUCUCUUCCCGGAGCCCGGGACGGACUGGGCGCGCGCCCAUGUGUGUGUGAGCGGGACAGAGGCGUCCCCUCGCUUGCGUUUUUUUCUUCCUUUUACCUAGAGAAGGGAGCAGUUCGCACGCUAGCCCCCCUGUCGCCCCGUUGGGAGCGGGGUUGGUGUGCGGAGUGGUUCGUCUUUUUUUUUCUUUUAAACUUGUGAGCUCUUUUUUACCCCCUUUUUUCAGGCUCAGUAUACUCUGGGCUGAUUUUCUCGGUCCCCGGCUAACCGCGUUCUGCCCCUUCUCUCGCCACCCCCGUCCAAGGUCGCCCCUCCGCCCUCGCCCCUAGCCUGGGAGGGUGGGAAGCUUUGUCCCGCUCCCUGCCCACCCGAGUCUGCUGCCGUAGCCGCACCUGCCUCAAAAUGAAUGGGGUCAACGACCCACCUCUUUUUAUAAAAGAUAUUAAGCCCGGACUGAAAAACUUAAAUGUCGUCUUUAUUGUCUUGGAGAUAGGACGCGUGACCAAAACCAAAGACGGCCAUGAAGUGAGAUCAUGCAAAGUAGCAGAUAAAACGGGCAGCAUCACUAUUUCCGUGUGGGAUGAAAUCGGAGGUCUUAUACAGCCAGGGGAUAUUAUUCGAUUGACCAGAGGGUAUGCAUCUAUGUGGAAAGGAUGCCUCACACUUUAUACUGGAAGAGGUGGUGAACUUCAGAAAAUUGGGGAGUUUUGUAUGGUUUAUUCAGAAGUGCCAAAUUUUAGUGAACCCAACCCAGAUUAUCGAGGACAACAGAACAAAGGGGCACACAGUGAACAGAAGAAUAAUUCCAUGAAUAGUAAUAUGGGUACAGGUACAUUUGGAUCAGUGGGAAAUGGGGUGCAAACUGGCCCAGAAUCAAGGGGAUGUCAAUUUUCAUAUGCUGGUAGAAGCAGUGGCCGGGGAUCUGUAAAUCCACAACUACCAGGAGCAACUAAUAGUCAAACAGUCAUGACCACAAUAAGUAAUGGCAGGGACCCUCGGAGAGCCUUUAAAAGAUGAUCUAUGCCAAAUACGCACAUGUAGUUUCUAAACUACGUGACUUACUUGAACACUUACUGCACUUUUAUUUAUUGUUAACUGUGAAAACUAUGUCCAUUAUUGGUUUUCUUUAUGUUUUUGGUUUGUUAAGAGGAGUGGUUUGUUUUUAUAGCAAAACUGUAAAGCUGCUCAAGUCUUCUUUUGAAGAAUGGGAACACUUUGAAAAGUAGGGGCAUUUAUUUUUAGAGGAAAAGCUUUUUGGAUAUCCUCUAAAAUACCUGUACCCGUUUCAUGGGUCAGUUACUAAGACAUCAACAUUUAGCCUCUAUGAGUCUAUCUUCUGUAUAAAUUUUGUAAUACUUAAAAUAAGGCUUAGCAGGAGAUGUUCUUUUCUUAAAUUCAGAUUUUGCCAACUAAAGCAAUAACCACUGGGGUGGGGGGCUUGGGACCACUCCAAACUUGGUCAGUGCUAACAGCAAUUUCUUUUGAGUGUUUGUGACUCCAGGAAUGUUUGUAUUGUUUGUUGAGUAACUGCCAUUAGGAAUUUUCAAGGACUGAAUGAAUAAUUCUAAAAUUAUUUUAUUACCAAAAAACAAACAUACGAAUUAUGGAAUAGAAUGUGAUCUUUACUGUAACAAAUAAUUUUUAGGAGAAAACUACAUUUAUUUUAGGGUAGUGCUCUUAACAUUUGUUGUCAUUUUUGUGCAUUACGUUUAAAUGAAAGGAAGAAAAAACUGAGGCCUUGAAUAUUUAUUUUUGAAAUAAUUAUCAUGUCAAAUAUAAAGUAUCUGUAUCUCAAGGGUUGUGUAAAGUCUUGAUAAAUAGUGGUUUAAUUAUUUAAAGAAAUCGUGGUAGAUAAACACUGUAAAGGAAAUUAUGUAAUUAAUACACAGCCUUAAGUUAUAGGGUCUUAGGUAUUUACAGAUACUCAGCCUGGAGUAUGACAAUCUAGGUAGUUAAUUUAUUUGUAAUGUGUGAUGUCAGAGUUUCUGAACACAAUUCACUAAGCCUUAUCAGCAAAACUUGAGAAAUGGCUCUCUCAAAGAAGUGAGUACAGCUUUAUUCAGAUAGGUGUAGGUAUUUUAUGUGUGUAAAUGAGACCCGGUUCCACUUUUUACUGUAAGGUGGAUAACAAGUAAGUUUUUUUCUUUGUUAAAAGUUCAAUAUUUCAACAUUAUCUCUUGAAUAAAACUUGGCAUUAAUAUUACAGAUCUAGUUAAUUUUGCUCCUUUUAUGGCCUACAAUGUAGAGCCAGUAUCUAACUAUAGCUAUGAUGACGACUUCAGCCUGAUAACUGUUAAACUCUGUAUUUGCCACUUUGUCUUUUUCCCCCACCUUAAAUCACAAAGUAAUUUAAGUAGACUUUGUUUUCUGAAUACACAGAGAAUGUGUGUAAAAAUUUGUGCCAGAUUGUUUGCUUUAAUUAAGUAUCUAAAGGAACAGUCCAGCAAUGAGUUAGGCGUUUGUGUAGAGUGUUAAGGGGCAGAUGGAAAAUCAUUGAUCUCAGGGAGCUUGCUUACAGUCUACAGUACUUUGGUUACUGCAGUUUGUAUAUUACAGGAAAAAAGCCUUUUCCUUUAUUAGUUUAUUGAUACAGUUUGCUGUUUGACCAAUAUUUUCCUAAAGUUUUCACAAGGUAACAGAAUUUAGAGUAAAAAAAGUGUGUGUAUGUCUACACACACUUAAAUCUUUUUUCUAAAUUUUUUUUAUUUUAAAAUAGUACACAUUUAAAUCUUAAGUUGAGGUAGCAGCUACAGCAUUAAGGUAUUUGGGAGAAUAUAGUAUUGAAGAUUUUCAAGGAAACAAGUUUGGAGGUUUGGAAUAUUGUCCAUAAAUAUUGUCCAGUGUGUGUGUCUGAUCUUUGAAUCCUGGCCUCAUAUCCUCACCUUCUGGCAAGUUAUUACACUUGAAACUUUUCUAAGCCUCAGGUUCCACAAUUAUAAGAACAAGUAAGUACUGUAACCUCUUUGUUCAGUUAUUUAAGAUCUUCCAUGUAAGUGAUCAGAUUUCUGGCAUGUUAUAAACAGACAAAUGUUUAUUGUCUAACUAUACAAGUAAAGAAAAUGGCAGGGUUAGUGUUGGAAAUAAUGUUAUCCUUUAACAUUCUGAGAUCAAAUAGAGAAAGACUUGAGCGUUUACUUAUGGAAUGA